AUGGCUGGACUUUAUAAAUGCAUUGAGAGGCUGAGUACAAGUGAACAACAAGUGGAUAAGAUUUCAAUUGAAUUGGAAACAUAUAGGAAAGCCAUAGGCAUCUUUGGUAUGAAGGCAACAAUAAGACAGAGAACUAAAAUAGCUCUUGCUCAGUGGUGGAAGAUGUAUGGAACACAGGCUCCAAUUUUGCGAGACCUUGCCAUUAAAGUGUUAAGCUUGACAUGUAGUUCAUCGGGAUGUGAGCAUAACUGGAGCACUUUUGAGCAUAGAAGCAAGCUUGAGCAUCAAAAGUUGCAAGACUUGGUUUUUAUUAAAUAUAACCAAGCUCUUAAACAACGUUUCGAGAGUCGUGAUGUGAUCGAUCCCAUUCUUCUAAAAGACAUUCAUGAGAGUAAUGAAUGGUUGGUUAGAAAAAGGGGUGGAGAUGAUGAAGCUGCUGAAGAUGACUUCAUUUUUCAUUAUGAUACCUUGACUUGGGGAACUGUUGUUGAUUUAAGUGGUGCUGGUGAAGAAUGA